AUGAAAAGCAGUAUGAUCAUAUUAAAACUGCUGCUAUUAAUGAUGUGCAGCGCAGUGCGCGCAAGGCUUGGCCUGUGUGAUAUAAAGACAAUAGAAGAGAGCUCCUUUGUUGUAGGCAGACUGAGCCUAUUAAUUAAUCCAGAUGGACCGCUGAAUCUACUAAGAGGAUACCUCUUUCAUAAGAGCGGGGUAGUAUACAACAAGCGGUUUUUUUCUUCAGCAAUAGACACAGAUUAUAGCAUGAAGAAAAGUGACAGAUCAACAGAGAGUACGCAUAUAUACACGUACACUAGAAACCCAGAAAAUGACAAAACGUACAAAGAAAACAAUGCAAUGCGCAGAUUGGAAUAUGGAUCAAAAUAUUUGUCUGUGCUUUAUAAGCAAAUGAUAUAUAUGUUUCCGUGUGUAAACAAUACUAUUUCCAUUGAGCCGUGUAGAAAUGAUUCAUUCACUCGGUUUCUAAGAGUAAAUAAUAAUGGCUUAGACAGCAUGUAUCUUCUUGCUGCGCUUCUGCUCCUUUCAGAGGGCAUUUAUAUUCCUAUUGAAAUAGAAAAUAGCAUAGAGGGAAGCGAGCGGAUACUAUUAAAAGAUUGGGCAGAUACUAUUGUUUUUCUUGACUUGCCUUUGCGGCUGGAAAGUACUAUGCCAGAUGGGACAAUAAAAAAGGUGUACCAGAAGGAAACAGAAGAGGUUUUAAGAUACUUCCAGAGCUUAUUUAUAGAGCCCUUUUUAUCUGAAGUAAAGAAGUGUGAAGAGCCAAAUAAUCAAAGAAAAUUUAAUAGGGGAUAUUUCCUCGACAGUCCAAAGUUCCUUAUACAGUCGUAUAUUUUUGAGUAUAUAGACACUAUAGAGCAGUACAGGCUGUUUGUGACAGCAGUACAGAUUUUGCUAACUGAUUCAGGGUUAUAUCCAGAAAAGACAGAAGAGCAGAAAGAACUUAUUAAGAAGACUUUAAAUUAUUGUUUUAUAGGAGGUGGAGUAUAUAAAAAUAAUUUAAAUGGCUAUGCAGCAGAUAUUCUCAGCCUCAAAUCUAAAAUAGAUAAAGAUGCAAUUCUUCCCUUCACAUGCCCAGAAAUGGUACCUUCUUAUACCCAUGUACCAGAGUAUGACCACCUUGUACUUUUAUUAACUAGGCGUAUGAAAGAUGAUCUAUAUCAGUACAGUGACCAUGUGGAGACAGUGCUUUUGAAUCUGUUCACGUGUCUUACAUACAGUCCAGAAACCAACAAAUGUUCAACUGAGCACAUGCACGGUGCCUCUACAGCACUAAGAGAAUUUUUUAAUAAAUAUUCAGUACCCACAGAGAGUGCAAGCCAGGAAAAACACAGAGACUGGUGCAGAGUUGUAUCAAGGUUGAGCAAUCCAAACAUUAGGUAUGUAAGAGAGAGUAGAACAGAGCUGUGUGGUGGCCUAGAGAACAUUCUAUAUGUGAUAUCUGAGCUGUUUAGUGAAGGUGCUUUUAUACGCACUGUCAUAGAACACAUAAUUGGCCUGCUACGUAAUAAAGAGGUAGGAGUAGAAAGAACAAAAAAUGUAAAAGAACUAUUUUUAAAUGUUCUUAAGUAUCUAGCAGGAAAUCAUCAAGUUGUUAUUGACUCUGAAUCAUUGGUGUAUUUUUCGACAGAGGGCCAGGCGCUUGAUGCAUUCGGAAAUAUCACUGUUGGGUUUGAGGCGAAUGGUAAAAAAGAAAGCAUAAAACUAGACAUUCUGCCAAAUUAUUCUAAGUUUUCGCUUGUGCCAGAGUUCAGUGAAAUUUCAAAAGAUGCAGAAGAUGAACUAAUGUGUAUGCAAAGAAAAUACUGUUAUACAAAAAAAUAUAUUGAAGUUAUCAUUUCGGGUUAUUUAAACAACAAUAUAGCCAGGCUGAAGAAAGAAAGCCCAGAACAAAAUCUGAGUGUGCUUAAUAGUAUGUUAGAUAAAAAUGAGCUAAAUAAAAUAUUUUUAUCCGGGCGUAUAGACUCUGUAGACUAUAAAGCAGCCAUAGUCAACUACUUUGAUAUUAAUAAGGGAAACAUACGAAAUUUCAACGACAAUAAUCAAAUGUUGCGGAUUGUUACAAAUAUUAUAGGAAGCGUGUCUCUAAACAAUCAGGAAGAAAGAAAGAAAAUACUGUUGCCGCUAGUCCAUUUUAAUACCUAUAAAAAUUGCAUUUUAAAGAUUCAAUAUGAUCUAGAGUCUCUACCUGUAUCAGAGAUUGAUGAUAAUUUGCUAAAAACUACAGUAGACAUGGCAUAUUAUAAAGGAAUCUUUUAUAAAACUUUCAGCAAUCUGUUGGAGCAUUCUAUCUGCCGUAGAAAACCAGCGUGGAUAUUUGGGCCAUAUAAAUCUUUUAGGGCGCUGUGUAUUACACUGGUGGAAAGAUAUGAUGUUUUUACACUAUGGGAGGCAAUGCAGGAAAUGCAAAAGCACAUAGAACCAAAUAAUGCAAUGUCAUUAAACAAUAUCUGGUUAUUAUGGCUAUCGUAUGCCUGUGAAGAAACAUCAUAUAACCUAGAGACUAUUGAUGUUAUUUACAGGCACUUAGAUCCUGCAUGCAUUGCUAGUGGCUGUGUAAAGUGGAUUGCAAAAAUGCCAGGAAUUAAUUUCAAUUAUGUUCUAUCUAUUCUGGAAAAAGAGAAAGGCUCAUUAUAUACAGAAGGCAGUGCAAAACAGAAAGAAAAAUAUGAGAAAGUUAUAGCUCUUUUCAAAUCUAUCAUUACCUCUGUAGCAAGUGAUCUGCCCUUGAUCAACCCAACUACUUCACGGAAAAGAGGCCAUUCAGAAAAUCUGGAAUAG